ACCUCUUUCUCUGCAUCAUGUAAUACUGCUUCUGUAGGGAUUAUAUCCCUUCACUUUGAUAGAUCACUGUAUGGGCUCUUAAUAAAUGAACAAAUGUGUUAAGCCCUAUAAUAACUAAGUAUAACUGUUUAUUCCUGCAUCUUACUGGUUACACCCUAUUAGCAGCACUUCAGAUCCAUUUAGUGAUAUAUGACCAAGAUAGAAGUGGGCUUUUUAUUUCAUGGGCACCCAUAUCUACUUAUUAUAGCUAUACAAAUAAUAUCAGGGUUGGACUGGGCUGGUGGGACACCGGGAAAAAAACAGGUGGGCCCUAGCUCUUGUGGGCCCUGCCGGCCCAGGUCCACUCCCUGUCUUGGACUUGUGCGUUCCACGCAGCCACUGAAGUAAUGCAACACGGCAUGCAAAUGCGCAGGGGAUGGCAAGGUCUGUCUUGCAAGGAAAAUGUGUGAAGUUGAGUUCACCACUCGUGUUUAUGUCAAGAUGCUUCUGCAUGCGGCACGCUAUCCUCACAGUACCGUGUGUGGGGCUCUCCUGGGUCACAAAUCACAUGGAUGUGUCACCCUGAGUGACUGUAUCCCAAUCUGUCACCUUUAUCUGCCUUUGUCUCUCAGUUUAGAAGUGGCUCUAACACAGAUCGAUUCAUGGAGUGCUCUCCAAGGACUGGUAAUUGCUGGUUAUUACCAAGCAAACUCUGGCCUGAGAGACACCAGCCUCAGUUGCGCUGCAAUCCGAUCAGCAUCCCACAUAGCUGAAUACCAAGAAGAUGCUGUAUUAAUAUUGCUGGAUAAUGAGCGUAUGACACUGAAUCCUGGAAUUCCCCCACUCACAGUGCUGCACCAAAACAGCAACAAGCAGUGGGUUCCCAAGGAGAAGACUUUGGUCAUGUGGGGUCACUGGGAAGAGACUCAAAGAAUCACCAGGCAGCUCAUGCAAGCUAAGGCUUACAACAAAUUAGUGGACUUUGACACUCAUCUUGAAGACAUUAGAGCUGACUGGACCAAUCAAGAACUAAAUGCUGAGAUAACACAUCUGGCAGCAGCUGCCAACGGCAGUGCAUAAACUCAGGACUUUUUGUUUUAGGAGUGUGUUACUGAGCUUCCAGUUUUUGGACAUAAGAGCAUACACCAAGUGUAUACCUAUAAAUGUAAAUAUACACUAUUUGUAUGUAUAUGGCUAGUUUAUUUAUACAGUUUUUAACCUGUGUAGGCAGCCAUAAAUGUGUGUGUAUUUGUGGUUGCCCAUAGAGCGUAUAUCUGCACUUAUUUAUUGCUCCUCAUAUCCUCUCAGUAUAUACAAACCUCCCUCUUAAGGGUAAUUUUUCUUUUCCUUUCAACCACAUCCUUUAUUUAGAUUAGAAAUUUAAGCAUUUAUCCAGACUUUAUUACAGAUUUGAAUUUAUACAUCA